GGCUGCUGCUGGUACCUUGCAGCCAGGAGGGUUUCUUUCCCUCUCUCCUAAAGGCAGGAUGGUGGAUCUGGAGAGCGAGGUCCCCCCGCUUCCUCCGAGGUACAGGUUCCGGGAUUUGUUGCUGGGCGAUCAGGGAUGGCAGAACGACGACAGAGUACAAGUUGAAUUCUACAUGAAUGAAAACACAUUUAAAGAGAGGCUAAAGUUAUUUUUCAUCAAAAACCAAAGAUCAAGCCUCCGGAUACGCUUGUUCAAUUUUUCACUCAAGCUGCUUAGCUGUUUGUUGUACAUCGUACGAGUGCUCCUGGAUGAUCCUUCUCAGCAACAUGGAUGCAAGGAAUUAAUUUGGGGAUGUUCCAGUCAGAACAACACUUCCAGCAAGAUAGAUUGGUCGCUUAUCUUUUGGGUGAACAGAAGCUUACCUUUAUGGGGAUUACAGGUGUCGGUGGCUUUGAUAAGUCUAUUGGAAACAACGCUCCUGAGCUAUCUCAGCUAUAAAGGAAACCUAUGGGAACAAGUUGUGCGGAUGCCUUUCCUGUUGGAAACUAUUAAUGCCAUCCCUUUCAUAAUUACAAUUUUCUGCCCUGCAUUAAGAAACUUAUUUAUCCCAGUGUUUUUAAAUUGCUGGCUUGCCAAACAUGCUUUGGAGAAUAUGAUUAAUGAUCUCCAUAGAGCCAUCCAACGCACACAGUCUGCAAUGUUUAACCAAGUUCUGAUUUUAAUAUCUACGUUGCUGUGUCUUAUCUUUACAUGUAUUUGUGGAAUUCAACAUCUGGAACGAGCAGGAAACAAGCUGACACUCUUUGACUCCCUUUAUUUCUGCAUAGUGACAUUUUCCACUGUGGGCUUUGGGGAUGUUACUCCCAAGAUCUGGCCUUCAAAACUGCUCGUUGUCAUUAUGAUCUGUGUUGCCCUUGUGGUGUUGCCAAUACAGUUUGAACAGCUCGCUUAUUUGUGGAUGGAAAGACAAAAAUCAGGUGGAAAUUAUAGUCGACACAGAGCUCAGACAGAAAAACACGUGGUGUUGUGUGUCAGUUCUCUUAAGAUUGACCUGCUCAUGGAUUUCCUAAACGAAUUCUAUGCUCAUCCUAGGCUACAGGACUAUUAUGUGGUCAUAUUAUGCCCCACUGAGAUGGAUGCUCAGGUUCGAAGAGUGCUCCAGAUCCCAAUGUGGUCCCAAAGAGUUAUCUAUCUUCAAGGUUCUGCACUGAAGGAUCAGGAUCUGCUAAGAGCUAAGAUGGAUGAUGCUGAGGCCUGUUUCAUUUUAAGUAGCCGCUGCGAAGUGGACCGAACUGCAGCAGAUCAUCAGACUAUUUUAAGAGCUUGGGCUGUCAAAGAUUUUGCACCAAACUGUCCUCUGUAUGUUCAGAUACUGAAGCCUGAAAACAAGUUCCACAUCAAAUUUGCAGAUCACGUUGUGUGCGAAGAGGAAUUCAAAUAUGCAAUGUUAGCUUUAAACUGUAUUUGCCCAGCUACAUCCACGCUCAUCACCUUGUUAGUUCAUACCUCGAGAGGGCAGGAGGGCCAACAAUCCCCAGAACAGUGGCAGAAAAUGUACGGCAGAUGCUCUGGUAAUGAAGUGUAUCACAUUAUCCUGGAGGAGAGUGUAUUUUUUGCUGAAUAUGAGGGAAAGAGUUUCACAUAUGCAUCUUUCCAUGCACACAAAAAGUUUGGUGUCUGUCUAAUUGGUGUCAGGAGGGAAGACAACAAAAAUAUUUUGCUGAACCCAGGGCCUCGUUAUAUCAUGAGCUCUUCAGAUAUAUGUUUUUAUAUCAACAUCACAAAAGAAGAAAAUUCAGCUUUUAAGAAGCAAGAGCAGCAUCGGAGAAAUCACAUGUCAAGGUCGUUUUAUCAUGGUCCUUCUCGCUUGCCAGUGCACAGCAUAAUUGCUAGUAUGGGUACUGUGGCUAUAGAUUUGCAAGAUACAAGCUGCAGAUCUCCGAGCGUUGCUACCCUAACCCUUCCUUCAGAGGCAGGAAAAACAGGCAGGAGGCCUAGCAUAGCACCAGUUUUGGAGGUUGCUGACACCUCAGCAAUUCAUACCUGCGACCUCUUAAGUGACCAGUCAGAAGAUGAAACAACUCCCUCAGACGAAGAAGUUUCAAACGGCCUUGAGUAUCUGAAAGGCUAUCCCCCUUACUCCCCGUACAUAGGAAGUUCUCCCACCUUCUGCCAUUUGCUUCAUGAAAAAGUGCCGUUUUGCUGCCUAAGGUUAGAUAAGGGAUGCCAACAUUAAUACUACGAAGAUGCCAAAGCCUACGGAUAAAACAAAAUCAUAAUAGUGGCUGCAGAGACUGCUGGGAAUGGUCUCUACAACUUUAUCGUUUCCUCUCAGGCUUAUUACAGACCAAAGAAAGAACUCAAUCCAAUAGUAUUACUACUAGAUAACCCGCCAGAUAUGCAUUUUCUGGAUGCAAUCUGUUGGUUUCCAAUGGUUUACUACAUGGUGGGCUCUAUUGACAACCUAGAUGAUUUGCUAAGGUGUGGUGUGACCUUUGCUGCAAACGUGGUCGUGGUGGAUAAAGAAAGCACUAUGAGUGCUGAAGAGGACUAUAUGGCAGAUGCGAAAACUAUUGUAAAUGUACAAACCCUCUUUAGGUUGUUCUCUAGUCUAAGCAUAAUAACUGAAUUAACUCACCCAGCCAACAUGAGAUUCAUGCAAUUCAGGGCCAAAGACUGCUACUCUCUUGCUUUGUCAAAAUUGGAGAAGAAAGAACGAGAGAAGGGCUCCAAUCUGGCAUUCAUGUUUCGAUUGCCCUUUGCUGCUGGUAGAGUUUUUAGUAUCAGCAUGUUGGACACCCUGCUGUAUCAGUCUUUUGUUAAAGAUUACAUGAUAUCUAUCACAAGACUUCUGCUGGGAUUAGAUACUACACCAGGAUCUGGGUUUCUUUGUUCUAUGAAAAUCACAGAAGACGAUUUGUGGAUCAGAACGUACGCCAGGCUCUACCAGAAGCUUUGUUCUUCUACGGGGGAUAUUCCUAUUGGAAUCUACAGAACUGAAUCGCAGAAACUUGCAACGUCUGAGUCUCGAGAAAUGGCUUCACAAUCUCAAAUUUCCAUCAGUGUGGAAGACUGGGAGGACACUAAGGAUAAUAAAGAACCGUUUAGCUGCCGUAGCAACCAUCGUAACUCAACAUCCAGUGAUCAGUCCGACCAUCCUUUGUUGCGGCGGAAAAGUAUGCAGUGGGCUCGGCGGCUGAGCCGGAAAGUUCCAAAGCACUCGGGGAAAACUGCAGAGAAAAUAAGUCAGCAGAGAAUGAAUCUUUACAGAAGGUCAGAAAGGCAGGAACUUGCUGAACUGGUGAAAAACAGAAUGAAACAUUUGGGACUGUCAACAGCAGGAUACGAUGAAAUGAAUGAUCAUCAAAACACUCUUUCUUAUAUUCUGAUCAACCCUUCUCCAGACACACGACUUGAACUGAACGAUGUUGUAUAUUUGAUCCGCCCAGAUCCAUUGUCAUAUGUUCCAAACACUUCAUCCAGCCGGAAAAACAGCUUCUGCAAUGCCGUUGCACAGGACACCAGGGAAGAAACACAGCUUUGACGCUUCACACAGAUCAUUGAUGAAAAGACGUUUUUAUACAAAUAGCUGUUUUGAAAUUUAGUGAAAAUAAGAUGAUGGAUUUAUUAUAUCCAAGCCUUUAGGCACAAUGGUCAGCUAACACACACCGGGCAACUACUUUACUGUAACCACAGGAACAAUUAGGAAAAGCUGGGUCUGGUUUCAAAACAGCUAAUCUGUCUUGGAGAUAAAAAUAACAAAGAGAGACUGAAAUCAAACAAGUGUGCCCAGAGUGUUGCUCAGUGAAAGGAGGAUUUUAAUGGGGAAUCUAAAUGGAUUAUUUUUUCAAAGAGAUAUUAGAAAUUAAUAUAUUCUUUUCUUAUCCUGGUUUUCGUCAGCCGCUGUGGGGAAGUGGCUCAGUUCUUAACCAUGCUGUGUACAGCAUUCAUUGUUAUUUCUCUGUCCCACAACCAUAAACUUCUGGUUGUUGCAGUUAAAUUAAUAAUCAAAGGAAGUUUCAGGCAAGUCCUAACAUCUUAAAAUUGCAAUUCAAAGCGAUUGUUCUGAAAAUUCACUGCUUGGUGACAAUAACCCAGUAUGCAUUUCCGCUGUAUUUUAUCUCUCCUAUAGCCUUUUUCAACCAAUUUAAAUUCCUGGCUAAUUGAAAACGUUGUUUGUUUAGAUUUGUAGCCCUCAGCAUUUAAAGACUCAGG